AGGAAGUGGGGGCGCGGCAGCCGGGAGCUGGCCGGGGCGGCCGCGGGGUUUGGAUACUCGGAGGUUUGGGAGACUCCGGGCUGCUCGGGAGCCGUAGGGCCACUCGGGUCUCCGCGGAGACGAUGGCAAAGGAAGAAGGAACAUCUGUAGAACCCCGCCAAAGGAAAAAGCAAAGAACUUCAGGAAGUCAGGAAGCCAAAGCAGAGAAGAUCCGCAGAACCCCAGCUCCUGAAAGAGCUCCAAAAUAUGUGUCAUUUCAACGUUUUGCAAAGAUCGUCAUUGGCUGUCUCGCAGCCGUUAUUAGUGGUAUGAUGCAUGUUUUCUACUUGUCAGCUUACCAUGAACGGAAAUUCUGGUUUUCCAACAGGCAGGAGCUCGAGCGAGAGAUCACCUUCCAGGGAGACAGCGCUAUUUACUACUCCUACUAUAAAGACAUGCUGAAGGCGCCGUCAUUCGAGAGAGGUGUUUAUGAGCUGACGCACAAUAACAAAACCAUCUCCCUGAAGACUAUCAACGCCAUGCAACAGAUGUCUUUGUACCCAGAACUUAUUGCCAGUGUUCUCUAUCAAGCAACUGGCAGCAAUGAAGUGAUCGAACCAGUGUAUUUCUACAUUGGCAUUGUGUUUGGAUUACAAGGAAUGUAUGUCACGGCUUUGUUUGUUACAAGUUGGCUUAUGAGUGGCACGUGGCUAGCAGGGAUGCUUACUGUUGCGUGGUUCCUAAUUAACAGGGUGGACACAACAAGAAUCGAGUACUCCAUUCCUUUAAGAGAAAACUGGGCUCUACCGUAUUUUGCAUGCCAAGUUGCUGCACUUACAGGCUAUUUAAAAAGAAAUCUAAAUACUUAUGCAGAGAGGUUUUGCUACCUGUUGCUGAGUACCUCGACGUACACUUUCAUGAUGGUGUGGGAGUACAGCCACUACGUCUUGUUUCUUCAGGCAGUAUCCCUGCUGCUGCUAGAUAUCUUCUCAGUGGAACAAAGUGACAAGGUUUAUGAAGUAUAUAAAGUCUACAUAUUUUCUCUCUUCCUUGGGUAUUUACUACAGUUUGAGAAUCCAGCUUUAUUGGUGUCUCCUUUAUUAAGUUUAGUAGGAGCGUUCAUGCUUGUUAAGUGCCUUCAGCUGAAUGGGAAAAAAGGAACUUUUGUGGCUAAAGUAAUCAAAGUGUUUGAGUUUUACUUGUUAUGUACCCUGCCGGUGACCUUGAAUCUUAUAGUGAAGAUGUUUGUCCCACACAAAGAAAAUGAGCAUGUGCUGAAAUUUCUUGAAGUCAAAUUUGGACUAAAUAUGACUAAGAAUUUCACACUGAACUGGCUCCUUUGUCAAGAGUCUCUCCAGGCGCCGUCCCAGGAUUUUUUUUUCCGAUUGACCCAAUCUUCCCUGUUGCCAUUCUAUGUUUUAGUGUUAAUUAUUUGUCUUCUUUCUAUGACACAAGUCUUUUUUAGAAGGAUGAGUGGUAAGUCUAAGAAAGAAACUGUAACUCUUGAAGACGGAAGAAUUGGAGAAAGGCCAGAAAUAAUUUAUCAUGUAAUUCACACUCUGUUGCUGGGCUCUCUUGCCAUGCUUAUGGAAGGCUUGAAAUUCAUUUGGACUCCUUACGUGUGCAUGUUGGCCGCGUUUGGUGUAUGUUCCCCCGAACUUUGGAUGACACUUUUAAAGUGGCUUCGAUUAAGAACUGUACACCCAAUGUUGUUGGCUCUUAUUCUGAGCAUGGCGGUACCCACUAUUAUAGGUCUUAGUUUAUGGAAAGAGUUUUUUCCACGAUUAAUUACAGAAUUAACAGAACUACAGGAAUUCUAUGAUCCAGAUACAGUGGAACUUAUGACCUGGAUAAAGAGGCAAGCUCCAGUUGCAGCUGUGUUCGCAGGAAGCCCACAGUUGAUGGGUGUGAUUAAGCUGUGUACUGGGUGGACAGUGACAAGCCUGCCACUUUACAGCGAUGAUGACCUGCUCCAGAGAAAUGAAAAUAUUUACCAAAUCUAUUCAAAGCGAUCUGCUGAGGAUAUUUAUAAAAUCCUGACAUCUUAUAAAGCUAACUACCUAAUUGUAGAAGAUGCCAUCUGCAAUGAGCUGGGAACCACGAGAGGCUGUCGGGUUAAAGACUUACUAGAUAUUGCAAAUGGACAUGUGGUUUUCGAAGAAGGUGACAAAUUAACCUAUUCAAAAUAUGGACGAUUUUGUCAUGAGGUCAAAAUUAACUAUUCUCCAUAUGUGAAUUACUUCACUAGAGUAUACUGGAACAGAUCCUACUUUGUAUAUAAAGUCAACACUGUGAUUUCCUUCCAAUCUUGACAAAUAACAGAGCCUUCAUUUCACAGACAUGUUGCUUGAAGUCAAGUGCAGUUUUCUUGAGCCUGCAUGGUUUCUCACAGAUAGAGAGUGGGCAUCUGAAACGCUGCUGUUCCUCCUGCACCUGCUGAUUCCUGGGUUAGAGAUUCCUUGGCAGUAGAUGAUGAGGUGUUGAUGUCGUCCAGUCCACCACUGUGUCUUUCUGACAGCUUUCUUCCUUAGUACAUGACGUAAAGCUUCCCUGUAGCGUCACCUCACAAAUCUUACUUCAGAAUAUCAGUCUUUAUUUGAAUAUUUUCCAAGGUCAGUGUUUACUUCAAAAACAUAAUUUUCAAUUAAGUACUUCAUGUGAUUUAAUUCUAUGAUACAAGAGAAAAUUCUCCACGGAAGUCUGUAACAGAUGUAAUUAUUUUACAGUAUUUUAAAAAUAAUUGAAAUGUUAGUUAAAAUUAUGUGACAUUUAAAUUAAAGUGGAAAAAACAUAAAGGGAAGUUGAUUGUUUUUAUGAUGCUGUUCCUGUCACCUGCUGCUCAAGUGAUCGAGCACAUCCUUAGGGGAACAGGACGAACCCAUACAUUUAAUUGUUUCAUGACUAUUACAUGAUUGCCUUUUCUCACUUAUACCCUCUAAGUUGAUAACAAUUUAAUCAUGCUAAGACAGCAACUCCUGUUAAUAGACACAUACGUACACAUGUAAAUGAACAUUUAAAAUAAUUUUAUAAUUGUUUUGGAUGUGGAGCAUACAAUCUAGCCACAUUUUCUCUGAACAUAUUAACACUAUCACAACAACAAUGUGUGCACUAGCGUGCAGCAGUUUCUGGAGAUGUAUGCAGGUGCUUUUCAGUGUAAGAGCAAACCACUGAGAGUUGAGUUAACUUCUCCACAGUUCAGUGCUAUAAAUGCUACGUUCCCUCAUGUAUUUUCAUGUUUUUAUCAUUAAAGGAAAUUGUAAGCCAGUGUGGUGCCUCACGCCUUUAAUCCCAGCACUUUCGAGGCAGAGGCAGGUGAAUCUCUAUGAGUUUGAGGCCAGCCUGGCCUACAUAGUGAGUUCCAGGACAGCACACAGAGCACUAUAGGUAAAACCCUGGUGGUUUUUUGAGGGGGUAGGGAAGAAAUUCUAAAUUAAUAUGGCCUCAUAAAGAGAUUCAGGAUAGAUAAAAGCCUGUAGAGAAAUGGUUUUAAUAAGAUGCAUAUUUAACUUUACAUGAUAAAAUUGUUUUGUGAACAGGUUCUAUAAUUUUAUUUUAUUAGAAUGCUAUAAAAUUGCAUUUUAAGAACUCCAAAUUAGAAAGAAAAAUAUUUCCUUUUUUUUGGUAAUGUAUAUGUACAAUUUUUUUCAAGUGUGUGCACUUAGAGUAACGUCUAGAGCUUAACUGACAUCUGUUCUCCCCCCUCCUCCCCGUUUAGUGUAAAUGGUCCUGUUCACUAAUGGUCCUGUUCACUAAUGUUCAUGCUUAUUUUGACUAAACAUGCAGCUGUGGCACUGUAUGUCUGAUGAACUCUGAAUAUCUUGGUAGUCACUAGUGUUUAACAUCAGGCUUUAUGAAAAUUACCAGCUACUCAAAUACACACUGAGUACUCAUGUGGUCAUUCUUGUGAUCAGAGCAUGCAGAAACAGCUUACAUAUUGUAAAGGGGGAAGUAUAAACCGUAUUUCCCUUGUAAUACGAUUUUUUUCAAUUCCCUUAUAAAAUGAAUUGAGUUUUUGACAUAACAUGUGCUAAGUUAGUUUUAGUUUUUGUUCUGUUUGCUGUAUCAGUAAGCUAAGAAUUUUUUUAUUAAAAGUUCAUAAUUAGUCCCAGGCAUGAUGGUGAACUCUUUUAAUCCCAGCAUUCAGGAGGAGCAGUAGCAGGCAGUUCUCUGGGUUCGAGGCCAGUCUGGAUUACAUAGUGUGUACCAGGAUAGCCAAAGCUACCCCCACCCCCCCAAAAAAGGUUUAAAAUUAAUUUUUCAUUCAGCAUCACCUGAAAGAAGAAGUAUUAUAGAAAUGGCACUAUUGGCUGAGGAUGUGUCAAUCAGUAGCAUGGCGCUGGGCCAGCACACACAAGUCCCUGGGUUCAGCUCCUAGCACCAUGGUGGGGGGGGAGGGAGUGGGCAGAGAAGGGCAGACAAAUGAAGAAAAGACUGAAAUGAUAAUAUUAGGUAUCAUAGAUAUGUUGAUUCACUUCCAUCUGGACUGUCACUAAGACAACACUAUGUUGUUGCAAGCAUUUAACUUUUUUCUUUAGUGAUUUGUGGAGUAACAAGUAAAAGGUCCUACUGCUUGCUAUUCUAAGUACUUAUUAUAUACUUGGGUAACCGAGCCGCUGCUAGGAUCAGCCGUAAAGCUGCGCUGAAGGGUCAGCCGUAAAGCUGCACUGAGGGGCAGAGUUUGCAGGAUGUGGGUGGGAGGAAUUCCUCAAAGAAAGAUUGAACAUAUUUGCUCUUAAUAUAACAAACCCAUUGAAAUAAGUGCCUUAACUUCUUUAUUUCUAAAUCCAUCUUAUACUUUAUGUCAUAUUACCUGUUUUCUUUUCCAUAAGAAACUGCUGUUAACUUUUGCCACAUGGGUAAAGUUGAGUGAGGUGAGGCUUAGGCCCCUCCCUCCCUCCCUCCCAUGUGUAUGCGUGUGUAUGCGUGUGUAUGCGUGUGUAUGCGUGUCCUAGUGCCCUUCCCUACUAUACAAGAGCUUCUGGGCUUCAUCCCCAGCACAACAAAACAUUAAGCCACCCCACACCAUUUUCAUGAUUAGCUUCAAUUCACUAAAAAGCAAAUCUUUGUCAAGAAUUUCCAGUCUUCUGAAUUAAUUAAUUAAUUUAGGCCCUUGCAUGCCAAAUAGUCCAACAUGUGAAACCUACUUGAUAAGGGAUGUAAUAUGGACUCUGGAUGUAAUAUGGACUCUGUGAAACCUACUUGAUAAGGGAUGUAAUAUGGACUCUGUGAGUUUAGUAAUUUUUUAAAAAUCUCUUUGGCAUCUGUAUCUUGAUGUUUUGCAUUUUAUUGGCAGUUUAGUUUUACAAUCUAAGUAGUAUACUACACUCCAGUACUGACUUUAUACACAUAUACACACACAUACACAGAGACAGACAGACACACAGACACACAGAGACAGACAGACAGAUAGACACACAGAGACAGACCCACAGACAGUGGCUUUUCUGUCUAGGACAUUAACAUAAGUUGCCAAUAACCUCAGUGUUCUGACACUUUUCCACAAUGUACAUAUUGAGUCAACAAAGAAUGAAGAAAUGGGUGUUAAUAAUUUGUGGCUGAAAACCAUGCCUAAAAUAGAUUAUUAAUUUCUUUUAUAACUCUCUUAUUAGUUUUGAGAAAUCUUUCUUGAGGCUUUUUAUUUUUGAGUUAGUAACACGUUUUGCUGUCUCUUUUUGUAUAAAAAUUGUAUUUUUUUUCAGUUGGGGUUUUUAACAGUUCUAUGUAGAUUGAUCUUUUAGUAAAUUUAUUUUUAAUGCAUGAAUAUUUAUAGAACAUGUGUUACUACUUCUGUAUAUUUAAGAACAUUUUAAAGCUCAUAACUACUUUCUAAUUUAUAUUUUAGUGUAUUCUUUCUUUUAAAAUAUCUAGUUUUGCUGUGUGUGGUGAUGCACAUCUCUGAUCCUAGCCCGUGAGAGGUAGAGACGGGAGGAUCAAGUGUUCAGAGUCAUCCACAGCUACAGAAAUGAGUUUGAGGCCAGCCUGGGCUUCAUCCACAGCUACAGAAAUGAGUUUAGGCCAGCCUGGGCUUCAUGAGUCCCUAUCUCAAAAAAAGAUCCAAAAAUUAAAUACACAGUCUCUAUUGUUACUGUUUGCUGUAGCUUUAGACUCAAUAUGUAUUAGAAAUCUGGCAAAUUACAGGGAAAAUCAAACAAGUUCUUACCUGAAUUACUGAAGUUUUUUCUUAAUGUAUAGAGUUAAUGCUUUAAAUCAAAUUAGAUUCAGUGUUGCAAAGAAAUAUAUAUGACAGCUUAUUUUCUGUCUAGUGAAAUUUCUAAAUAAUAUAUGUGUUUCUGUAAUGAAAAUUACAUUUUGGAAUCAAAUGUGCUGAAUUUAGUAUAAAGGAUUCUUUGUAUUGUUCUGUAAUCUUGACAAUUCUUGUGUAAUUCUAUGACCUUUACUUAUGACCAUCAUCUAUAUUUUGUGUAAUAGUUGAAUAACAGAAAAUAUCAAAUAAGUUACCUUUUCCUGUUUUAAGCCAAUAGCCUGUACAGGUACUUAUCCAGAAUGAACACAGCUGCCUUUAUUAGGUUGACCUCCGAGUCAUGACUGUGAUGUUUAGAGUAAAUGUUACCUCCUGUAAAUAAGCUUACAUCUCUGUAAAAGUGUAAAUCGUUAGUGAAUACAGAUACCUUAAAGGACUUGUUUAUAAGUAUAAACAGUUUUAUUCCAGGUUUUGUAACGUUAAUACCCUUUUAUCACUAAUAAUGUUCUUUCAUGCUCAUUUAUCCUCCUUGUUUUGUGUUCAUAAUAAAACUUCUCAGAUUUUUAAACUGUC